AUGGAGGUCUGGUCGGGACCCAUCAAUGGUAUUGGGGAUCCCUCACAGGGAAAAGGAAUCUCCCUCCUCAAUCCAUCCCCAGCACAACCCAGCGACCUCCGCAAAGACUCAAACCUCUCCCUCCGUGCCUUCGUUAAUCCCACUCUCAUACCCUAUUACGCGCGAACAGGCCCCACGCUGGAAGCCCAUAUUACACAUCCUGACGUGGCGGAGUGGUGGAAGACUAGGCUAUUGAGCGGUAUAUGGGACGACAAUGCCGACGAGCUGGGUGCGUCGAUACCCAUCCAGUGUCCGACUGGAGUGCUCUUAGCGGUCGAAGACCCGAAGCAGCGUGGUGGGGGGAUUGGUUCUCACCAUGUAACGGAUAUCCUUGUGUAUGGGAUACUGGGGUCGCCUUCACUGUAUAUUAGUCGCCCGAGUACACCUCCUCCGUCUUCAUCAGAGCCUUUCUCCGGUCCCGAUUUAGAUCACAAUCUAGUGAGUGAAAAUAGCGGUCCGCAAAUGGAACUACAAAUCUAUGCUAUCACGAUUUGUUCCGCGCUUAUUAUGAAGGCUGAGUCCCUACCAACGCCACCGCUCAGUCCUGAGCCUCUUUCGUCAGCAGACAGCAAAAAAAUUAACUUUGACAAUCAUAAAAAUAAUGAUAACAACAACGAGCUGUUCGCAGAGUUCCUCCCCCUGGAGCUGGAAUCGCCCUGCCCCAAGCGGAAGCGGAUAGCCAGCCUUUUCGACGCGGCGACUGAGCACCACAAACGGGUCCGGCGGAAGGGUGGCGCGGCGGUUGCACAGCUCAUGUCGAGAAACUCCUCAUCGACGCACCAGCUGGCGAAGUCGGGUGUGAUGAGGAUUAAGAAGGAGCCGGUAGAUUGUCAUACGGUUGAUACACUUGAUAGCAAUAACGAUGAUGGUAUACACAGGCCGCGGACGCUAUCAUUUAGUAGAAUUACGAGGGUGUCGAAGGAGCAGCCUUUGCCCGCGGCGGGUCCCGUGGCACAUAUGCGCACUUCAAGCAUGUCGAGUCGCAGAAGCACGCCUGCUCCUGCUCCCGCUUCUGCCCGUCCAACUCCGCGACAACAGGAUACCCAAAUAUCCCUGCCGCAGGCGGAUGUAGUGAUGGCCCCCACAUCAGCGUCGUCCGAGAUCAUUGGUGCGAACAAGGCAUUGCUCACAAGAACCAUAUUAACCUGCAUGCGUCUAUAUGGCUUUCAUCGAAAUUCACGUACAACAACUGCAUCCAACAAUAAUACACAGCAACAGCAACAGCAACAGCAACAGCAACAGCAACAGCAGCAAAAGGGAAUCGUCUUUUUUCAAGAUCCAGAUGCGGAGUCCCCCACCCUACCCGCACCUACAACCGUGGCAUCACAACUGCAACUGCACUCGAGGCCCCCAACGGCGAUUGCUGCUGAUACGGAUGAAGACGAAGACUUCAAGGCUAUGUAUCACGCUACGUAUCGUGCGGCGUCGUUUGCGCUAAGACGCUAUCUGAAAGAUGGUAUGUCCGGUAGUAGUUCUGCUGCUGGAUCCCUUGCUGCUGGAAUGGCUAGUUCUUCCGUGGCGGAGGGAUCGGGGCGGGUUGGUGUGCCGGUUCUGAAAAGAGGGAAGGCGACAGAUUUGGUUGAUGGGGUGUUGAGGUUGUUUUGUGAGACGUAG